UAUUAUUUUUUGUUUGUUUUGCUUAUAGCUGCAAGUGCAAAGGGCUUUGGUCUUCCAGCCAAGACAUCCAACACAAAAGUGAUACUUAAUGGUGGUCAGAAGGUUACAUUCGCCAGGCCAGACGGAUACUUUUCACCAGUUCGAGUGGACAUCAGUGCCAGGAAUCCUGGGCACAUUCAAGCAGCAUUGACUGAAAACAGAAGAGUUCUAAAUGAGCUUGUUUUGGAACCUCUGAAAGCAGAGCAAUACUAUGAGGUGAGGGAGCCAUUCAACAUUGCGUCACUUCUGAAGAGCACGAUGGGUUUGAUGGUUGGUUUCAUGGUCCUAAUGGUUUUCGUUAUGCCCAAGAUGAUGGAGAACAUAGAUCCUAAACAACAGAAGUCACACAAGCAACAAGUUAAAUCAGAGCCAAUAGGUGUUCUCUCCCAAAAAGGCCAACCUUUUUCCAUGACAGAGAGGGGAAAGAGGAAACGGUGCAGACCUGGAGGUGUCCGCCGACGGGGGCUCAUCGUCGAGCGGCUUGGUCCUGUCGUGGCCGAGGCGUUCCACCGCCCAGGAGGCCACCCCUUGCUUGGCCGCGGUGCCUUCUCCUCCGCGGGUCACCUCCAGUUACUACCGCCUCCGUCCCCGCCGGUCGCCUCCGCCGGUGCUAAGCACGAUCGAGACGGUGGCGAGGCGCUCCAGCAGGUCUACCGCCCAGAGGGCACCCCCUUGCUUGUCCACGGCGCCGCCCCCUCCGCCGAUCGCCGGCCGCCGGCCCCAGUCCCCGGUAUCCGCCCCCGCCGAUACCAAACACGGUGGACAAUGCGUACUGGAAUUGUCUAG